AUGAUAUCAAUUAGAUACGAUGAUGAGUCAAAAGCUUCAGUCCCCAAUGCUAUUAAUAAAACAGGAAAAGUCUACUUCCUCAAAUAUCCAUGUUCCACUUCAGAUUGCACACCAUUUGUUGCAACGUUCAAACCUGGAAUAUAUAAGGUUGAACUUUGGGGUGCAUCCGGUGGUUUCCUAAAUAAUCUUGGUGCACAUGGAUCAUAUGCCAGCGGUCUUCUCCCAAUAUUCAAACCACAGACCGUCUAUAUAUACCUUGGCCAACAAGGAAAAUGGUCAGGUCUAGCCACAUUUAACGGUGGCGGUGCAGGUCCAACAGCUAACAAAAGCGAAGAUUUUUAUGUGUCCGGUGGUUCUGGCGGUGGCUCAAGUGAUAUCCGCCUCACCAAAGGACCUUGGAAGAACUUUGAGAGUUUGAAAUCCUGA